UUCUCCCUUCUUCCCGCCUGUCCGCCCAAAAAAGUUUCAAAAUCACCCACCAUGGCGGAGGAGCAGAUGGAGGAGGCGGCGUCGUCCGCGGCGGCCUCCGGCACGCCGUUCCAGCUCCAGUUCGACAAGCCCAUCCCCUUCCAGAUAAAAUUGGCAGAGUGGAACCCAGAGAAGGAUCUGCUUGCUAUGGUUACUGAUGACUCCAAGGUUCUCCUCCAUCGCUUCAAUUGGCAACGGCUGUGGACUAUAUCCCCUGGGAAGUACAUCACAUCAAUUUGCUGGAGCCCUGAUGGUAAAAUAGUAGCACUUGGUACAGAAGAUGGUUUUGUUCUUUUGCAUGAUGUUGAGAAUGGGAAGAUGUUACGAAGUAUAAAAUCUCACGAUGUUGCCAUUGUAUGUCUGAAUUGGGCAGAAGAUGAACCGCUAUCAAGGACUGACAAGGCAGACUUGCUAUCUUAUGAAGACCGCACUACACGUUUCUUUCCUCCUGCUCCCGUGAUGCCUAGGAUAGGUGGGCUCAAUUCGGGAGAUACUGGUCUUGCGGAUGAUAAUGAAGAAGCCAUUCAGGCAUUUUCAAGUGCUUCAUGUCAACGUUUUAAUAUUCUGUGCACUGGUGAUAAAGAUGGUUGCAUUUGCUUCAGUAUUUUUGGAAUAUUUCCAGUUGGAAAGAUAAACAUAAAUAAGGUUCCAAUCCAUGUACAAUCCUCUGGAAAAAGAACUAGCUACCGACUUCAGGAUGUUUCCAUAAGCAAGGUCUCUUUAUCAAGAAAUCUCCAUCAGUUGGUUCUUCUGUGCUCCGGAAAGCUGAUUAAUACUGACAACCUUUCUCUCAGUAAUGAUAUUUCUGUUGGGGUACAUUGUUUGCACCUUGAUACCUCUAUCUUUUCCAACAGGAAAAAUGAGCUACAUCAGGUGUCUCAACAAGCGUCAAGUAUUCAAGAUCUGGUCGAAGUUGUCCGUGCUUCCAUAUCUAUGAUGUCCAAACAAUGGUCGAAUGCUAUGAACUUAUUUCAUGAGAAAUUUAGUGCCCUGCCUUCUCUGCUUACUGCCAAUGGGAUGGAAUCUAGCUCCGAGGAUGAGUUUAUGAGCCUUUUGUUUGGGACACAUACAAGUCCGGCUCUACAUCAAUUUCUAGUCAACUCUCUUGGUGAAGCGGGUCUCAAGAGGAUAGCUAAGACUAUUGAAAGUGCUGGAAAGGAACUUCGUAUUGUUGUCAGUGAGCAUCUUCAGCCUGCAGUAGAAAUUAUUUCAUUCAGACUUGCAGAACUGAGAGGUCUUGCAAGAUGGCGUUCACGAUUUCAGAACAUUGGGUUAGAUGAAAAGCUUAUGGAUGGUGUAACUGAGAGGGCAGGGAUGCUAGUUGUGCAAGUUGAGCGCUUUUCAAGGGUUGCAGCAACUGUUCUUUAUCUGUUUCAAAAUUUCUUCAGCUGGGUUUUGAAGUGUGUUAAGAUAUUGUUAAGUGAACCAACCGACCAAGUUCCAUCCACAAACAGUGAACUUGUGGUGAUUUUUCUGAAGUUUCUUCUUGACAAAGAUCCAAUCAAACAGUUACUUGAAACAGAUCAGAUAUUUGAGUGGGAUAUUGAUACUGCGAAACAUGUUGAGCAGCUAGUAGUUUUUGGAGGAUUUACAGACACUCAAUUUUUGGAGAGGAGUUUGGCCAAGCAAUUUAGCGAGUUGGAAGAAAGCUUGAAGGAGGCUUUCUUGAUGCCAUUCACUACUAUAUCUUCACAAAUACAUUGUCAAGGAUUGCUUCCUCUUUAUCCUGUUACAUCGUCCGGUGCCUUGUCAUCAACCAGUACUCCAGCAUCAAUUGCGUUCUAUAAGGAUAAAGAUUCUCAGCAUAAUGCUUCUUCAUAUAGCUCGACUGACUAUAUAUGCUUCAAGAUACCUGAUGGAUCGUUAAAUUUAAGAAAUUUCGUUGCUGUGAUAAAGGACUUCUGCAGCUCACGUAGUACCUCCAGCAUACCAUCACUUUCUGGUUUUCUGUUGCAUAUACCUGUUGAAUACGAGUGUGUUGAUCUGUCUCUUUACAAGGACAACCAGGUGGUUUUACUACUUAGUGGAAAGUCCAGUUCUGAAAGUGCCGGGAGAUCUUGGAUGGUUAUGCUGCAGACAGAGAACCUCUCUUUUUCACAGCUCUCAAGAACAUUCCCUGCAAAUUACUACAAUCUCCAAGAAUUGGAGGCGCUGGAACUUCAAUUGGAUACAGAUUAUGGAAAAGUUCGUAGCAUCCCUCACCCUUUAUCGACUCCGCUGGCAGUCAGUGCCUCAAGAGGAGUGGCUUGUGUCUUCUCGUCGCGGAGGCAUGCUUUGGUCUAUAUCCUCGAUGAGGACGAAGACGAGGAUGAAGAUGAAGGUUCUGAGAUGGAGUGACCGUGGUACAACACCAGCAGCUUCAUGUCGCCAUUUAGCAGAAAAGGUUGUGGAAUUGCACUAUGCUCUGAUGAAAACAGAGCAUAAGUAGCUGCCAGUCACAAUGAGCAACCUGCGGCCAUGAUCACUGGGAGACUAAUGCAAGACAUGCUGUAACUUUCUUUCCUUCUAUCCCCAUGGCUAUGCGAAUGCAUGUUCUGAUUUUGAUUUCUGAAGAUGUGUUUGAUCACCCAGUUGCUGCAGCUAAAAGGUGGUGGUACCGGCACCGGCUUGGUCAGGCCCGAAACUCACAUUUGGGGUGUACAUCUGCAGAGUGAACUUAGGACGGUACUCUGUAAAUUUGGUGUUGUAACAGAAAUUUUGUACCUAGUUUUGCUGUUAAUUGUGUUAAAAAAAUAGUUUUGCUGUUAA